AUGAUUUACAUCAGUAUUUUACUUUGCGCAUUUAUUCCAUCUUUGACACGUACAUUGCAGAUUCAACAAUUGGCUGAUUAUGAUAUGCAGAGACUGUUCUAUGGUGAUCAAAAGGAAGCAUCCGAUUAUGAAGUUGUUUCUGUGAAACAUUCGUUGAACAAACGAAGCACUACUGAACUUUCCAUCAAUGUUAAAAUUAAUGGCGUUGACAAGCAGUUUAUUCUACAGAGCGUAAAAGGCUAUUUUGCUGGUAAAGAUACAAAAGUUUGGCUAGCGAAAAAAGUUGGAGAUAAAUUUGAAUACACACUGCAAAAGGAUUUUAUGGAAAAAGUGAAUAUCUCCUUUUAUCAUGAUGAAGAAACACAGUCUACAAUAACUCAUAGUGUAAAUGAAGAAGGAAUUUCAGAAUUUAAUGGUAUUAUUGAUUUUGACAAAGUAAUACGUCCGUUUGAAUUCGAUAGACGUAAACGUCGGACUUCUUUCGAAGAAUCGUUUGUUAACAUAAACAAGGACAACGUUAAAAAUCAUCAUAUAAUUCAUAAACGUGAAUUACACACCAACAGUAAGGUAAUUAUAAAUAAUGAUCCUGACGUGAUUAGGACGGAGGUUGACAGAGAAAGGCAGAAGACGGAGGACUCAGUUCUAGAAAAGCCAGAUGCAGUGUAUCCGGAAAUUCUAGUCUAUGUGGAUACAACUCUCUUUAGUUACUUCAACAAUGAUAUUAUCAAAACUUUGGCCUAUACCCUAACACUAUGGAAUGGAGUAGAUCUUAAUUAUCGAGACGUAAAGAAUCCUUUAGUUCGUCUAAACAUUGCUGGAAUUGUUUUGUGUCAGGAUCAAAUUAUAUCAACGAAUCCUUUUGCAAUAACAAAACAGACAUUAGUGGAGUUCAGUAAAUUUAUGUACAAUGAAGAUGAAUUUAAAUUGGGAGAAGAUUACGAUAUUGCUGUCUUAUUAGGAGCAAAUCCAGACUUCGACUAUGGAAUAGAAGGCCUAGCACAUCUGUCAGGAGGUUGUGUAAUUGAAGAACAACUAACUUUAUCCACAAUGCUUGUUGUCGAUAAUUCCAAAUUGUCUGGAAUUAAUACUGCUGCACAUGAAUUAGCUCACUUAUUCGGAGCUCCUGAAGAUGGUGAGUAUGGUGAUUCAACAAUAAAUGCACCGGGAGCGGAAAAUUGUUUCUAUGAUGGUGGUUACCUCAUGAGCAUUAGAGCAUACGACAGAAGACAAUUCAGCUUUUCUUCUUGCACCAAGGAUGCUAUGUCGUACUUCUUCAGUCACGAAAGAGCUAAAUGUCUACUUAAUAAUCCAGCUGUUAAUAGAACAGACAAACAAAUAUUGAGAAUAUUACCUGGUAAAUAUAUGACAAUAGAUGAACAAUGCCAAAAAAAUGGAUUCCGAAAAGCAGUCAAUAUGAAUCCAGACAUUUGUACAAAUAUUCAAUGUGCCAAUGAUGGGAAUAUUCCGGAAGAAUUAAAUGUAGCGGCACUAGAAGGAACUCCUUGUGAUUAUGAAAAAGACAGCAAAACGCCAGUUACGAGUCGCCCAGUCUUUUUGGAAGAAAAGGUCAAGAAUCGUCAGGAAGACCAGCAAAAAAGAGUAUUAAAUUUAAUGAUGAAUAAAACAAAAACCCAGGCUAGCAAAACGCCAAUUACUAGUCUUCCAGUCUUUUCGAAAGAAAAGCACAAGAAUCGACAGCAAAACGCCAGUUACGAGUCACUCAGUCUUUUUGGAAGAAAAGGUCAAAAAUCGUCCGAAAGACCAGCAAAAAAAAAGAACAGCAAAACGCCAGUUAUGAGUCUCACAGUCUUUUUGGAAGAAAAGGUCAAGAAUCGUCAAGAAGACCAGCAAAAAAGAGACAGCAAAACGCCAGUUACGAGUCUCCCAGUCUUGAGUCUCCCAGUCUUUUGGGAUGAAAAGGUCAAGAAUCGUCAGGAAGAUCAGCAAAAAAAGAGUAUUAAAUUUAAUGAUGAAUAA